AUGCGCGUCGCUAAUGUCUUCCUUGGUGCUGUCGUGGCUGGUGCUUCAACUGUUACCAAAUCACAACCAAUUCUGUUUGUUGCUACCUGGACAAAGAAAACUACGAAUGGCAUCAACACUUUCAAACUCAACACGAUUGAUGGGUCUCUCGAGCCUUACGGAAUCACGCCGCUUACGUUUGCGGAUAAGGGCCUUAACCCAACGCAUGUCCAGGGCUCAAACAAGAAAUUCUCGAACGGCGAGCGGGUUAUUUACGCUCUAAACCGCGGUUCUACUACCGGUCACGUGUCGGCAAUGACUUUGCAGUCGGAUGGCACCUUGAGAGUUCUCAACUCGCAGGAGAUGAGAGGUGAAUCCCCGGCCCACUUGGCGGUUAGCCUCAACGAGGAUUAUGUGUCUGUUUCUAACUACGCCGGCAGUCUGUCGCUGUUCCCACUUAAUGCUGAUGGAUCUGUUGGUCGUGAAUCCUUUUACCAGAACUUUCCUGUUGGUAGCAACGUCGUCAUGAAAACCCAAGCUACAGGCCAUAUUCACAGUACCGCGUGGUUGCCCAACUCGAACCACGUCGUUGCAGCCGACCUAGGAAGCGACAAGCUUUACCAGUACGAGCUGGACGCGAAGACGAAGACGUUGAAGAGCCUAAAGACUGUCAAGAGCUCGCCGGGAUCGGGACCUCGUUCUUUGGUCGCUCACCAUAACGGAGGUUUUGUGUACGUCACACACGAACUGUCAAACACCGUUGGUGUGUACGCGAUCGGCAAGAAUACGGCGUUAUUGUCUAGCAUCGCUUUGCAGAACAUUUCAACGCUGCCUACUGGUUUUACAGAAAAGAACAGUGCUUCUGAUAUUCAUUUUUCGAGCAAUGGAAAAUUUUUGUACGUUUCAAACCGCGGUCACAACUCGAUUGUUGCUUAUGCGAUCCAAGAGAAUGGCAUGCUAGAGGUUGUUGGUUGGAAGAGCUCGCGAGGAGCGAAACCUCGAAGUUUCGCGAUACACAAAAACUGGCUCAUCGUGGCAAACCAGGGGUCGAAUGAUAUGUAUGUGUUCAAGGUGGAUGGCGUGACAGGUGUACUGAAGUACACUGGCAACUCGUACUCGAUUGAAGGAGCGGUAAGUCUUUACGUUGCGGAGUAUUAG